CUGGUGUGUGGCACAGAGUCACCGAGAGCAGCAAUGUUAGCCCACCCGCCAGCCUGGAGUAACCAGCACGCGCCUGUCUUGGCUUGGCCUGGCCACUCUCUGCCUACUCUCCCUGUGGUGCCUCGCGGCCUGUCCUUGGAGCACAUCUGGGCUGGGUCCAGUGCUGCGGGGGCUGCUCCCAUUCUGGUCUUUGCCCCUGCUGAGCCCAAGGAGCAGGCUGCCCUCCAGGGUGACCCCGCUGCAUGGGGCCCUUUUCCUCCCCCAGGCCUCCAUCCUGCUGGCCUCCCUGGGACAGCACUGCAGGGCCGCCAGCUGCGAUGGGGAGGAGCACACCAGCCUGCCAGGACCCAGCAUGACCAGCCUGGCCCAGAGCCCUCGGCAGCACAGGCUGGGCCCAGUGGGAGCCAGGACCCCGCCAAGGCUGCGUGACUCAGCGUCACCCGACGCCGCUGACAGCUGCAGCCUCGGCCCGCGAUAAAAUUGGCUCUGGGAUUCCACGGGGCCCACGUGCUGCUAAAAUUAGCGCCCGUGCUCAUCGCUGGGGCUGGGGCCACGGCCGGGGCGGGCAGCGAGUGCAGACGGGCAGGGAAGCGGCUCUGGGGCAGACGGACGUACGGAGCUAGAGGCGCAGACGGGGCGAGCGCAGGCCAGGCCAGGCAGCCAGGCCAAGGGGAGGCUGGGGCACAGCGUGGGAGCAGGCGCAGGGCACAGGGCAGGGCCGCGGGGAUGAACUUUGCCGUGGGAUUCAAGCCCAUGCUGGGGGACUCUCACAGCAUGGACAGCCUGGAGAAGCAGCUGAUCUGCCCCAUCUGCCUGGAGAUGUUCAGCAAGCCCGUGGUCAUCCUGCCCUGCCAGCACAACCUGUGCCGUAAAUGUGCCAACGACAUCUUCCAGGCUUCCAACCCACUGUGGCAGUCGCGGGGCUCGAGCUCGGUGUCGUCGGGGGGGCGGUUCCGGUGCCCCUCCUGCCGCCACGAGGUCGUCCUGGACCGGCACGGUGUCUACGGUCUGCAGCGCAACCUGCUCGUGGAGAACAUCAUCGACAUCUACAAGCAGGAGUCGACCAGGCCCCUGCACGCCAAGGCAGAGCAGCAGCUGAUGUGCGAUGAACACGAGGACGAGAAGAUCAACAUCUACUGCCUGAGCUGUGAGGCGCCCACCUGCUCCCUGUGCAAGGUGUUCGGGGCCCACAAGGACUGCGAGGUGGCCCCGCUGCCCAGCGUCUACAAGCGCCAGAAGAGUGAACUGAGCGAUGGCGUCGCCAUGCUGGUGGCUGGGAACGACCGCAUCCAGGCCAUCGUGACCCAGAUGGAGGAGAUCUGCAAGGCCAUCGAGGAGAACAGUCGGCGGCAGAAGCAGCACCUGAGCCAGCGUUUCGACUCCCUGUACAGCACCCUGGAGGAGCGCAAGAAGGAGCUGGUGCAGCGCAUCAGCCGGGAGCAGGAGGAGCGGGUCAGCCACGUGCGCUCCCUCAUCCGCCAGUACGGGGAGCACCUGGAGGUCUCCGCCAAGCUGGUGGAGUCGGCCAUCCAGGCCAUGGAGGAGCCCCAGAUGGCCUCGUACCUGCAGCAAUCAAAGGAGCUGCUUCAAAAGAUCACGGACCUGUCGAAGGUGUCGAUGAGUAGCCGCCCGGAGCCCGGCUACGAGAAGAUGGACCACUUCUCUGUCAAUGUGGACAACCUGGCCGAGAUGCUGAGAACCAUUGAGUUCCAGACAGACUCGCUGGGUGAGGACGACACAGACGGGUUUGCGGGCGGGGAUGGAGGAGACGCUGUAGCCGACGAGGACAGGCCAGAGGCGCUAGAGGAGGCCGAAGGUCAGCACUGAGAGCCAGCACUGCAAGAGGAGCCCACGAGUGAGACCUCCAGGACGUGGUGUCAUCAGCGACUGAUUCCCCCAGCUGAGACCCUGCG